GAUUUCGGACCUGUGGCACAAAACGGAUCUACAGCCUUCUGGAAUCGCAUCCCAACGUUGUCACCCUUUCAAUUCAGGUGGGUGCGAUGCCCAAUUUGCAAACCGAGUUUGAGGAGUCAGUCUUCGCUCUGGCGAAAGCCCUCCAAGUGCCUACGGGUCGUCCCUUGAUCCAGGUCUGCGACGAGUUUGAAUUCAAACUGCCGACCUUCACAGAGUGCGAUCGUCUCGUGAAGAAGAUAAGGGGCUGGUACAACACGUCCAUGCCAGCGACACUGGUCGUCACGGACCCCUCCUUCUUUGACCAGAGUAUGCUGGCAUCACGCUGGCCGGGCAAAGUCAAGCUGCUCUUGAUGGUGCGUGAGCCGGCAGACUUCUUAUGGGCAGCCUACAACAUCUGGAAGCUGCCAGGUGAGCCGAAGGGCGGCAGCCAGGAUGGCAGCACGGAUGCGAAGAUUCACGUCCGGAGCCCUGAGCUGUUCGACGAGUUGGUAUUGGCGGACGGCAAGAAAGAGGCCUGGGCACCCCGGGCCAACAAGAUCACCGGGCAGUGGUUCGACCAGAUCAAGAGCGUGAAGGAUGUCUACAGGAAUCUCCUCCUCUUGAAGUCUGAGGAUUUAUCGGACAAUCUGCGCGCAACCUUGGGGAGGAUGGGGUCGUUCUUUGGAGUGAACGCAUCGCUGUUCCCUUACGAGGUGACAGACGGCUAUUCGAACUCACUCGCUUCGCGUGUCGCACGAAAGCCUGUGUAUCAGAUUUCUGGAUGGAGGCCCAUGCUGUGCAGCACCAGGCGCUUCAUCUACUCCAAGACGCGAGAUGUUUGCGAAGAGUUGGAUUCCUUCGGGGUUCAUUACAGUGCCUGCCUGGGAGAGCAUGACGAAUGCGUGGACCCCAAGAAGGAGACAAACUCUUCUGCACCAUCGAAUCUGGUGGUUAUCGGAGGAUUUCGGACCUGUGGCACAAAACGGAUCUACAGCCUUCUGGAAUCGCAUCCCAACAUUGUCACCCUUUCAAUUCAGAUGGGUGCGAUGCCCAAUCUGCAAACCGAGUUUGAGGAGUCAGUCUUCGCUCUGGCGAAAGCCCUCCAAGUGCCUACGGGUCGUCCCUUGACCCAGGUCUGCGACGAGUUUGAAUUCAAGUUGCCGACCUUCACAGAGUGCGAUCGUCUCGUGAAGAAGAUCAAGGGCUGGUACAACACGUCCAUGCCAGCGACACUGGUCGUCACAGACCCCUCCUUCUUUGACAAGGGAAUGCUUGCAUCACGCUGGCCGGGCAAAGUCAAGCUGCUCUUGAUGGUGCGUGAGCCGGCAGACUUCUUAUGGGCAGCCUACAACAUCUGGAAGCUGCCAGGUGAGCCGAAGGGCGGGAGCCAGGAUGGCAGCACGGAUGCGAAGAUUCACGUCCGGAGCCCUGAGCUGUUCGACGAGUUGGUCUUGGCGGACGGCAAGAAAGAGGCCUGGGCACCCCGGGCCAACAAGAUCACCGGGCAGUGGUUCGACCAGAUCAAGGAUCUGAAGGAUGUCUCCAGAAAACUCCUCUUCUUGAAGUCUGAGGUGAUGGACGGCACCUCGCGCAUGGCACAGCUGCCUCUGCGGUUCAUCUACUCCAAGACGCGCGAUGUUUGCGAAGAGUUGGAUUCCUUCGGGGUUCACUACAGUGCCUGCCUGGGAGAGACUGACGGCUGCGUGGAUCCUGUGCCUGGGUCAUCCAAGAUGCCUAUGCCAGGAAGCUUUCCGUACUUGCCUUCCUUGCCGUUGAAGGAGUCUGCACCGUCGAACCUGGUGGUUGUCGGCGGAUUUCGGACAUGUGGCACAAGGCGAAUCUACGACAUGCUGGAAUCUCAUCCGAACAUUGCCACCCUGUCAAUUCAAACCGGUGCGAUCCCCAAUCUGCAACUGGAGUUUGAGGAGGCCGUCUUCGCCCUGGCAAAAGCGCUGCAAGUCCCUGCGGGCCGUCCCUUGAUACGGACUUGUGACCAGUAUAAGCCACACCAAGCACAGACCUUCAAAGAAUGUGAUCGUCUCGUGACCAAGAUCAAGGGCUCGUACAACACGUCCAUGCCAGCGACACUGGUCGUCACGGACCCUUCCUUCUUUGACAAGGGAAUGCUUGCGUCUCGAUGGCCGGGUAAAGUCAAGUUGCUCUUCGUGGUGCGUGAGCCAGCAGACUUCUUGUGGGCAGCCUACAACAUCUGGGUGCUACCCGGCGAGCCGAAGGGGCAAGAUGGCAAGACAGGGCCGAAGAUUCACGUCCGGAGCCCCGAGCUGUUCGACGAGUUGGUCUUGGCGGACGGCAGGAAAGAGGCCUGGGCACCCCGGGCCAACAAGAUCACCGGGCAGUGGUUCGACCAGAUCAAGGAUCUGAAGGAUGUCUCCGCGAACCUCAUGUUCUUGAAGUCAGAGGAUCUCGCGAAGACUUUGAGUGCAACCCUGGCGAGGAUGGGCUCUUUCUUCGGAGUCGACGCGGCGCUGUUCCCUUACGAGGUGACGGACGGCUACAUCAACUCUCUCGCUGCGCGCGUCGCACGGACGCCUCUGUAUCAGAUUUCCGGGUACAGGCCCAUGCUGUGCAGGACGAGGCGCUUCAUCUACUCCAAGACGCGUGAUGUUUGCGAAGAGUUGGAUUCCUUCGGGAUUCAUUACAGUGCCUGCCUGGGAGAGCAUGACGACUGCGUGGACCCCAAGAAGGAGACAAACUCUUCUGCACCAUCGAAUCUGGUGGUUGUCGGAGGAUUUCGGACAUGUGGCACGCAGCGAAUCUACGACAUGCUGAAAUCCCACCCGAACAUUGUCACCCUUUCAAUUCAAGCUGGCGCUCUGCCCAAUCUGGAGUUGGAGUUUGAGGAGGUGGUCUUUGCCCUGGCAAAAGCGCUGCAACUCCCUACGGGCCGUCCCUUGAUACAGGUUUGCGACGAGUUUCAAUUCAAAGUGCCUACCUUCGUAGAAUGUGAUCGUCUUGUGAACAAGAUCAAGGGCUCGUACAACACGUCCAUGCCAGCGACACUGGUCGUCACGGACCCUUCCUUCUUUGACAAGAGAAUGCUUGCCACACGCUGGCCCGGCAAAGUCAAGCUGCUCUUCGUGGUGCGCGAGCCAGCAGACUUCUUAUGGGCAGCUUACAACACUUGGCCGCUACCAGGGGAGCCGAAAGCCAAAAGCCAGGAUGGCCGCACGAACAUGAAGAUUCACGUCCGCAGCCCGGAGCGUUUCGACGAGUUGGUCUUGGCGGACGGCAAGAAAGAGGCCUGGGCACCCAGGGCCAACAAGAUCACCGGGCAGUGGUUCGAUCAGAUCAAGGAUCUGAAGGAUGUUUCCGCGAAACUCCUCUUCUUGAAGUUCGAGGAUCUUGCGGGCAAUUUGACCGACACCUUGCCGAGGAUGGGCUCCUUCUUCGGAGUGAACGCAUCGCUAUUUCCCUUCGAGGUGACGGACGGCUACAUCCACUCACUUGCUUCCCGCCUCGCGCGGACGCCCCUGUCUCAGAUUUCCGGGUACAGGCCCAUGCUGUGCAGGACGAGGCGCUUCAUCUACUCCAAGACGCAUGAUGUUUGCAAAAGGUUGGAUUCCUUCGGGGUUCACUACAGCGCCUGCUUGGGAGAGAAUGACGAAUGCACGGACCCCACAAGGGAAGCAAAUUCAUCCCCACCAUCGAACCUGGUUGUUAUCGGAGGAUUUCGAACAUGUGGCACGCAACGAAUCUACGACAUGCUGAAAUCCCAUCCGAACAUUGUGACCCUUUCAAUUCAAGUUGGUGCUCUGCCCAAGCUGGAAUUGGAGUUUGAGGAGGCAGUCUUCGCCCUGGCAAAAGCGCUGCAAGUGCCUACUGGCCGUCGUUUGAUACAGGUUUGCGAUGAGUUUCAAUUCAAAGUGCCUACCUUCAUAGAGUGCGAUCGUCUCGUGAACAAGAUCCGGGGCUCGUACAACACGUCCAUGCCAGCGACACUGGUCGUCACCGACCCGUCCUUCUUUGACAAGGGAAUGCUUGCCACACGCUGGUCCGGCAAAGUCAAGCUGCUCAUCGCGGUGCGCGACCCAGCAGACUUCUUAUGGGCAGCUUACAACACUUGGGCGCUACCAGGGGAGCCGAAUGGCAACAGCCAGGCUGGCAGCACGAACAUGAAGACUCACCGCCGCAGCCCGGAGCUGUUCGACGAGUUGGUCUUGGCGGACGGCAAGAAAGAGGCCUGGGCACCCCGGGCCAACAAGAUCACCGGGCAGUGGUUCGACCAGAUCAAGAAUGUGAAGGAUGUCUCUAGGAACAUCCUCCUCUUGAAGUUCGAG